UCAGCAACACACCGUUCGAUGUCAACAAAUGCCGGGUGCACAUGUCAUUGAACCACGCUGGCGGGAAUCACAGAUAAUACCUGUCAACAACGAAAGUUAAAGAAAUGUUGAUUUUUUCGGCAACUAGUUAAAUAAGUGAAGAUGGGAUCAAAGGUGAAACAGAAGCACCUGCUGCUGCUGCAGAGGAAGGUUGGGGAGAAAAUGGAGGCACUCCGGGAACAGCGGGACAUCCUUCAGUCCUCCAUCGCACAGUAUGUCUCACAGGCGGAGUCGUCAGCGGAGCACCUGUUGUCGAUAUCGGACCCACACCUGUUCAUGGAGCGGUACGUUGACGUGAUGCAGGACCUGGACCGAUGCCUCAACACCUGCACACUGCUCACAGCCACUGCGGAGGACAUGAUCGAAAACACAACCAGUGAUGACGAGACAGCUGCCCAUGAAGAGUCUAGGUCCAAAGCCAAGUCAUCGUUUGAAUCCAAAGGACCUUCACAGGACCAAGAUGGUCAUUCUGCCUCCAAGCCUUCUAAGGAUGUAGAAAGUGAUAAUGACAUAGAGCCAAGGAGGUCAGCUGAAAGGUCCCUUGACACUGACCUUCCGUCCAACUCACCGACCUCAUUACUGCCCACCCAGCCCCAUGCGGGGGUACUGGAGGAAUCGCUUUUGGAAAUUGAUGGGGCGACUUGGGAGGAACAUGGGCAGACCAAGGGAGGUAACUCUGUAGCCUUUGAGAAUAGGGGAGACAACUCUGUUGGUUACAGCACACAACAGGCUGGAUGUAGUGAUGGUGGUGGCAACCAUGUUGCCAUGGAGAUGUCAUGUGAUGGGGAUUUUCAUCAGUCAGAUUCGUUAUCACAAGUGGGACAUGUUGCUGAUGCGAGGUCUUUAGACCAAGCUGGUGAUCAGGCAACGGUUCCUAGAGCUGAAGCUCCAGAUUUACCAGAGAAUGAGCUUGACAAAAGCUCCACAAGAGCCUUCACCCCCAACGCACCAUCCAAGUCAGUUGUUGGGGGAGCAUCAUUUAACUACGGCCUUGGCCCAACCAUCUCCCACUGUACACUGACUGUCGGACCGGUCAUCCCCGUCAUGGUCAGCGAGAUAGGGACGCCCUGGUCCUUCUACGUCCAGCAGUAUGGCUGUGCACUUGAAAGGCUGAGGAUGGAUAUCAACCAUUACAUUUCCCAACUGCAGCAAGGGGAGGCAACUCUCAGUGAUCCUCAGACAGGCAUGCUGUGCCUCAGUCAGUUCUCAAUUGACAAGUUCUACUACAGAGCCAAAGUUAUAGAAGUCCGAGGAAAUGAGGUCGACAUGGACUGCAACGUCAUCUACGUGGACUACGGCAACUACGAGUGUGUCAAGUCGUCCUCGCUGCUGCAGCUGCCAGCCAGUCUGGCCAUCCUGCCAUCCCAGGCCAUCUUCUGCUCCCUCUCUGGGCUGUGCCCGGUAAACAAGCUGGGUGUGUGGACGGAAGAUGAAGUGAACGGUUUCCGCCAGUUUGUGAGUGGGCAGCAGCUGAACUGUAAGGCGACAUUCGUCAGCCCCUACCAGACUCUGUCCUUCCCCCACCUGGUGGAACUGCAGCUCACCAUUCCACAGACAGACCGAGACGGCGCCGUGCUCCUCAGUCAGCUCAAUCUAGCAGCUCUGCUGGUGAAACAGAACCUUGCCAGACCCGUCCCUGUGUCUGAACAGAUCGCUAAGUUACAGAACCUCUUUGGUGACCUUCCCAUUCCUGGGUCCAAGCAAUCGUCGCCACAGAAACCGAUUAAGAAGGAACAGGAGGCAAAGGUUCCAGAAAAGAAGGAGCCAGAUGUGAUUGUAGAGAGCAGUUGUGUUGUGAAUCUUGAUUUAAUACAUAAUUCCAGCUCUGGUGAUGCAGCAAAAACAGAGGAAUGUGGUGUAGAUGAGUCUAUAGAAGGCCCUGUCCAAGAGAAAUGCUCUGAUGUUGCAGGUAGUAAGAGAGCGAGAAGAAAAGGUAAAUCCGUGCCGCAGUCUCCUGGGGGAGAUUUCUCUAUUCCAUCCAAGUCAGACUCAAGGAAAUAUUCCAAGAAGAAUCAUUCCAAACCAACUCAGGAAAAAUCUUCACCUUCAGACCUGCUAUCUAAUAAUCCCACCAACGACAAAUCUGGCAACGAGUCUCCGACCAAGUCACUGACAUCAAGCUGUUUGGAAGGGGAGACAACUUCUUCUGGCGUGACCGACCUGAGUCUGAAUCCGUUAUCUGUUGAUUUAUCCAGUGCUCAGACUGAGGAGUAUGAGGUAAUGGCGGCCCACAUCAACUCCCCGAACGACUUCUUCGUCCACAAGAUAACCGAAGAUGUAGGCAAGACAUUGGACAGGCUGAUGAAAGAUCUGAAUCUCCAUUUCGAACGAAUGUCCCGAAAGAAUUUAUACAAACUUUACCGUAGCUUUUCCCCUCAGUUUAGAAGCUUAUGUUGUGCACAGUUCUCACACGACAACUGUUACUACAGGGCACAGAUCAUAGAGCUGGCAGAGGUAGACAAUCCAGAUUCUAGACUUGAAAAUGACAGAAUUGGUAAGAUCCAUGUUUUCUUUGUUGACUUUGGGGAUGAGGAGUGGUUGCCGAGGAGUAAAGUGUUCCCAUUGCCGGAGGAGUUUUCGAUGUUCCCCCCGCUGACGAUGUGGUGUUCGCUGGCUCAUGUGCAACCUGUUGAGAGGGACUGGACGGAGGAGAGUCUUCAGGACUUCCAUCGGCUGGCAGGGGGUGAGAAGCGGUUGUCGUUGGUUGUGACAGAGGGGCACCUGCCAGACUCUAAUAGCGUGUGUGUGGUGCAGUCGUCCCCCCUGCAGGUGUUCCUGGUGGACUUGGUCAACUCGGAGGAGGAGAUAUGCAUCAACCUGGAGCUCAUGAGUCUGGGCCAUGCCUCACUGAUCGUCACCCAAGCUCCUCGAGAUUCGUUGGAGUUUGAAGCUGCUGGAGACCCGGUGGAUGAGGAGUGGAGAGAAGAUCCCCGUGUGGAGGACUUCAUGUCGCUACGUAACAGUUACAACAUUGACGUUGAUGAUGCAGGUGUUGCUGCCAUCGGAUACAAGGCUAGGGACGAGCAGAGGAUCUGCAGGUACUUCAACACUCCAGGCAAAUGUUGGCGGGGAACAUAUUGCCCAUACAGACAUGUCCAGCACACCUCAGGCAUCACUCAGGACCAGGAGGCCGUGGUCGUCUUGGAGGAGGACCAGAUAGAGCUGCUGCCAGACGAGGGGUCCAUGGUUGCUGUGGAGGUCACCAGCAUCCUCAGUCCACGUCACUUCUACCUCACACUUCCCUUUGGCAGCAAACCUAUUGAACAGCUCAAAGAACAACCAAAUGGAGUUGAUGAUGAAGACUACGAGGAAACCUUGGAGGACCUCAUCAGAAGCAUGAAUGCCAACUACAUGAACAAAUCCUUCAGUGACCGAGACAUCACGCUUCUGGCGCCAGGCCAGGCCGUUGCAGCCAAGUUUAACAAUGGAGAUGUGAUCGGCUGGUACCGGGCGAAGGUCACCGACACCUCACCCGAAGAUGAAAAAGUGGAGGUGUUCUUCGUUGACUUUGGCCAUACGGAGUGGGUGAGUGAACGCGACAUCCAGACUCUGGAGGACCAGUACCUCCACCUCACCCCCCAGGCCGUCGAGUGCUUCCUGGUCGACACAGACCCAGAAGGACAGGAGGGACAGUGGACGGAGGAAUCCAGGACCUGUUUCCGUGACCUUGUUGAUGGGAAGACAUUGGUAGCCCUGAUCAGGAUGAAAUCGUGGAGUGGCUGUCUACACGUGGAUCUGUACGACACUACAGGGAACAUCGACAUCAACAUCGCAGAGGAGCUAGUGAAAGCUAAACAUGCUCAGCGACCUCUUGUUGAACUGCCAGUCAAAGUUCAACCCCGAGGAAACUCACCCAUCACUUUUGUGCCUGGUUAACAACAGGUGAAGGGCAAGGAGUGAUCUCCAUCAGCAUUAAGUUUCACUUGAUGGUUUAAAAAAUUCAGUGUACAUGGUUGAAAAGAAUUUCCUGGUUAGUACUGCUACCAGUGAAAAAACAAACAUGUUUUGGCAAGAUACUAAAAGAUUUUUUUAUAAUUUUUUUUAUAUAUAUAAGAAAACAGAAUCAGCAAAAACAAAAUAUUGUCAAAAAAAUAUUUUUAUGAUCAGGUUUUGAUUUGGUCGGUCUCAUAAACUACCGUAUUCUACAUAAUAAGCACCCCGCUCUAAUAAGCGCCAACGGCGAUAUUUGCCAAUAUAUUGGCUUGUGAACAAUCCCAAUUAGCACCCCUUCUUGUACACAAGACUUAUUUAUUCGUGUAUAAUACGUAUGU